UCGUCUCUUCUCUUUUAAUCCAAAUUUUUUGAUUCUCUUCUUACUUGACUGUUGUUUGCUAAAGCCCUAAAACCCCCCUUUUGUCCAAUGACUGAAAAAAAUGGUGAAACCAACAACAAGCAGCUCUACGCUUUGCUCAACGUUUCGCCGGAAGCUUCUGAUGAAGAAAUCAGAAAGGCGUAUCGCCAAUGGGCCCAAGUUUAUCACCCUGAUAAACACCAAUCUCCACAUAUGAAGGAUAUUGCAACAGAGAACUUUCAACGAGUAUGCGAAGCUUAUGAGAUAUUAACAGAUGAAAAUAAAAGGAUCAUAUACGAUAUCUAUGGAAUGGAGGGACUUAUUUCCGGCCUGGAGCUUGGCCCGAAACUUGAAAAGGUUGAUGAAAUCAAGGAAGAACUUGAAAAAUUGAAACGUCAGAGAGAAAAAGAAAAAGCUGAACCCAAUAUCAGAUCAUCUGGCUCGAUUUUGGCAAAUUUGUCAUGGCCUGAUCUUUUAGAUGGUGAUGGUUUUAUGAGAGGGAUGGCUAUGGCCACUGAAGUUCAAUCUCAAAUAUCUAAGCGCACUUCUCUUGAUAUUGGUGGUAAUUUGGCUGUCAAUGAAAGAUCUGGCGGUGGUGCAGCAACUGCAGUUCUUAGGCAUCAAGUAUCUUCAGUUUCCUCUGUGGAAUUAAUGGGAUCUAUGGGCUUGCAAUCAUUGGUAGGAAUACAAACUUCCCGCCAGUUAUCUGUUCAUUCUACGGCAUCAUUGGGCAUUACUGCGUCUUUGAGAGAUGGCUCUAUGAAUCUUUCGAACACCUGGAGCCGUCAACUGUCAGAAACAUCAAAUGGAAAUAUACAACUAUCUCUAGGUGAAGAGUCAUCUAUUGGUAUUGGCUGGAGAAAGAAAGAGCAAAAAGUGUCCGCGUCAGGAGAGAUUAAGAUUGGAACAAGCUCAUUUGGAGCAACUGCUAACUUCACUCGCUUCUUCUCCUCUAAAUCACAUGGUCGAAUUGCUGGCACAGUUGGAAGUGAUGCACUUGCACUUGAAAUUGGGGGUGGAAGAAAGAUAUCUAAAUUCAGUACUAUUCGGAUGUUAUACUCCAUUGGAGUUCAGGGGCUAAUCUGGAAGUUUGAAUUGCACCGUGGGGGACAGAAGUUAGUGAUUCCUAUAUUGUUGUCCCAUCAUUUGAAUCCAGUCUUUGCAACCGGAGCAUUCAUUGUUCCCAUAUCGCUGUAUUUUACACUUAAGAACUUUGUUUUCAAGCCUUAUUUUAUAAGAUGGGAAAAGCAAAAGUCACUGGAGAACCUUGAGAAGACCAAAAAUCAGGUUGAAGAGUCAAUAGCUGCUGCUAUGAAAGCCCAGCAGCUAUUGCAGAAUGUUGCCAACAGGAAGAAGAUAAAACAAGAAGAACUGGGUGGAUUAGUGAUUGUUCAGGCACUUUAUGGAAGUCAGAAGGCUCUGCUGAACAGACAUAGAUCGGACGAAACAAGAGAUGGAGUGCCUUCACAGAUCAUAGAUAUUACAGUACCGUUAAAUUUUCUUGUUACCGAUUCUGGGAAGCUCAAGCUACACGAAGGUGUGAAAAAAUCUGGAAUCAUGGGCUCUUGUGAUCCUUGUCCCGGAGAACCAAAGCAGUUGUAUGUUAAGUAUACAUAUGAUGCAAACAUACACGAGGUUACAGUUGGUGAUUAUGACGAGCUGCUAAUACCACAAGAAAGCCACAAAGUCUAAAAACGGGUGUCUAUACAUUAGGCCUUACAGGAUAUGUCACCAAUGAGCACCGAGCCCAUGUGUCUUGCCUGUUUCUCUGCAUGACUGUUUCAUACCCUUUAUAGGUAUCUUAUCUGAUUCACCAAAAUUCUGUGGCAAAUUUAGAUGCCACAUUAUGUAUUUUUCCACAAUUUAUGAUUUUACCAUAUUGACUCAAUAAACUAGCACAAGUUCUUGCUAUUAUUAUGGCAUUCUUUUUCUACUUGA